UACUUGGCGUUUGUUUCCCCAGCCAGUCUCCGAUUCUCACCACCACUCACUUUCUUGUUCGAUUCACUAUUACCGUCGUUCUCUUUUCUCCACGCCAAGAUGGCCAAGUUUUUCGCCCCUGCUGCGGCUCUGCUGAACGUCGUUCUGGUAGCGGCGUCUCCUCGUGGCCACCACGGAUCUCACAUUCGUUACACAAACACCAUUCCUCGCGCAAGCAACGCAACCGGCUGCGUUGUCACCAAGUACGACGACAUUGCGAACGCCGUCAAGACAUGCACCGAUAUCACGCUCUCUAACAUUGCUGCGCCCUCCAACGGUGCUAUCGAUCUCUCCAAGCUUCAGACAGGUACCAAGGUCACCUUUGACGGCACAACCACUUUUGCCGAUACCGUCGACAGCAGCUUCGACCCCAUCAUCAUCUCCGGAACCAACAUUGUUGUUACUGGCGCUCCCGGACAUGUGAUUGAGGGCAAUGGUGCGGCUUACUGGGACGGUCUUGGAUCCAACGGUGGUGGCGACAAGCCUAACCACUUCGUUGUCGUCAAGAAGACCACCAACGCCAAGAUCACCAACCUGAACAUCAAGAACUGGCCCGUCCACUGCUUCUCCAUGACCGGCAACCAGGGUCUCACUGUCUCCGGCCUCGUGCUCGAUAACUCUGCCGGUGACGCGCCCAACUCCAAGAGCGGCAGCAAGGCCGCCGCCCACAACAGUGACGGUUUCGACAUCUCCUCCAGCGACAACGUCCUUCUCGAGAACAUCAAGGUACACAACCAGGACGACUGCGUCGCCGUCACCAGUGGAACCAAGAUCACUGUCAACAAUCUCUACUGCUACGGAGGUCACGGCCUCAGCAUCGGCUCCAUCGGCGGCAAGAGCAACAACACCGUUGACGGCGUUGUCUUUUCCAACUCCCAGGUCGUCAAGAGCUCCAACGGCUGCCGUAUCAAGUCCAACUCCAACACCACUGGCGAGGUCAGCAACGUCACGUACAAGAACAUCACCCUCACCGAUAUCGACACCUACGGCAUUGAUGUCCAGCAGGAUUACCUCAACGGUGGCCCAACUGGCUCGCCCACCAACGGAGUCAAGAUUUCUGGCAUUCACUUCAUCGAUGUGACUGGAACUGCCACUAGCGACGCCUACAACUACUACAUCCUCUGCGGUGACGGCAGCUGCUCCGACAUCACCUUUGAGAACACCAAGAUCACGGGAGGCGGCAAGACCAGCAGCUGCAACUUCCCCGCCAGCGGAUGCCCGGCAUAA